CUGAGAGAGUUCUCCGAAAAUGGAUUCUGUCAGUUCCACCAGCUUCAGGAAAUUUGUAAAACCAAUGAAGGCAGCCAGACUCCUAUACUGCGUAGCCCUUGUGGGUUUCCCUUCGGCUCAGUGCCAGCUCUUCCUGAAGCCGAGACGAUUCGGCGAUAUCUCCGAGAAGACUCAAUUUCUCACGGUUGAACUGCCAAAGAGUGCGAACGGGCUGCCUCUCGGAAGCUCGGUCCCUUUCGUAACACCUGCGGGCUGCUCCCCUACGCUCAAGCAGACUGCUGAUAAGUACUGUGUGAAUGGAACUUACGAUGCAGCGGAUACAAUGGAGCUUGCUAUGGACUUGAACAUCUUCGACGUGGAAAUCCCAACAAAGACGGUUGUGCUGGGCAUAAAAACCACUUUGAAUCAAGGGAAUGCGACGGCUUUGACAGCGGUGACUGGUGGCUGUGCUAUGUUGUUGAAGCAGACACUAAUAUUCCUUCUACUAGAUGGAGUGGUCACUAUGUGUACGUCAGGGGGCGGCAAAGGCAAAUACGAUCCCAAACUACCAGGAUAUGUGUCUGAUAUCACUUUGAGCGGGCAGCUCAAACUGACCUCUCGUAUCAAAACGAUCACCGACUACAACUAUUCAUUGCCAGGAUAUGUCCAUGCUGGUGACCUUUUCAAUAUGGGUAUGAAUGCGUCCAUGUUCAACAGCAGUGGGAAGCCGAAAGGGGUUGGCAUCAAUUCGACUUUCACGGUCAUGUUGCACAACAUAGGAAGUUCUCUGUUCGACUGGCGUAUCUUCGUCGGACUCCACAUAGACACCUGGGUCUAUCCGCUUCCAGUAGUUCAUGUCGAUGCGGCCAUUGUUGACAGUGUCAUACAUCUCAAAACAUAGUUAUAUUGCAGCACUUUGUCAAGGUCAAUGGCAAUUUCGAGUGUGAUGGUGAAUGUGGCUUCAACCCAUCAUCCCGCGCCAGCCUUGAGCUGCGUAGUUCGAUUUCUGCAUUGUAAGACCUGUUGUUAUUUUAGUUU